AUGGAAAAUACGAAAGAAGCAGGAGCAUCGAAAGACCCAGGACAUGGCACCUUACGUUACGAUGAAGAAGAAGAAGUUUCUUGGAUGUUUUGGCAUAAAAGGCGAUAUAUCGUUGCAGUUCUAGCUUUUUUUGGAUUUUUUGUAUCAUAUAUCCUUCGUGUCAAUUUGAGUAUUGCAAUUGUUAAAAUGACAGCAAACGAAACAGCAAUCGAUGUGAAUGGCACGACUCAUUAUAAUCGGGAAUUUGACUGGGAUUCUAAACUGCAAGGCCUCGUAUUAAGUUCAUUUUUCUAUGGAUAUAUAAGUACACAAUUGUUGGGUGGUUGGUUAGCAUCCCGCAUUGGCGGGAAAAGGGUAUUUGGUUUUGGGAUUGCUGUCACAGCUUUUUUCACGAUAAUCACUCCACCAAUCACUAGAUAUAGUAUUUAUUUAUUGAUAGCUGUGCGAAUAAUAGAAGGAAUUUGUGAGGGCGUUACCUACCCAUGUAUUCAUGCAAUAUGGGCUAAUUGGGCACCUCCACUUGAACGCUCAAAAUUAGCAACUCUCGCUUUUUCUGGAAGUUUUGUUGGUACAGUGUUCGCAAUGCCAGUAUGCGGUAUUAUGGCUGAACGAUUUGGUUGGCCUAGUAUCUUCUAUGUUUUUGGGACACUUGGACUUAUAUGGUACGUUUUCUGGACUAUCGUCGUCAAGGACCAUCCAGAAGAUGACCCAUAUAUUAAUGAAUCCGAGCUUAAGUAUAUAAAGCGUACUCUUGGUACCGCUGAGCACCAGAAAGUUUCACAUCCAUGGAAAGCUAUGCUUACAUCUCCAGCAGUCUGGGCUAUUGUUGCGGCACAUUUCAGCGAAAAUUGGGGCUUUUAUACCAUGCUUACGCAACUACCAACUUUUAUGAAUGAUGUAUUAAAUUUUAAACUAGAAAAAACUGGAUUUCUUUCUGCAUUACCGUAUUUGGUAAUGGCAAUGGUAUUACAAAUUUCCGGACAUUUAGCCGAUUAUUUUCGUUCCAGAAAAAUUCUUACUACCACACAGGUUCGCAAAAUUUUCAAUUGUAGUGCAUUUAUAAGUCAAACAAUUUUUAUGGCUUGUACAGCCUAUAUAUUAACACCAAAUGGAGCGGUAACAUGCAUUACAAUAGCAGUUGGGCUUGGAGGUUUUGCUUGGUCCGGUUUCAGUGUGAAUUAUUUGGACAUAGCGCCUAAACAUGCAAGUGUAUUAAUGGGAAUAGGUAAUACCAUUGCGACUUUACCUGGAAUUCUCAGUCCUUUAAUUACUGGUUACAUCGUGAAAGAAAAGACUGCUGAUGAGUGGCGAAUAGUGUUUCUUAUAGCUAGUAUAAUUUAUCUAAUUGGGGCUGUUAUUUACGGAAUUUUUGCUUCUGGUGAAAAACAAGCUUGGGCCCUUGAAAGGAAACGAGAGCAGGACGUUGGUUAUGAUAAUCCAACUAUGGAAAUUGAUAAUCUAUAAUUUUCAAACUACACACCAACAUUAUAAUAAAAUUUUAGAUUUUUUAAUAUCUUUAAUUGAAAAAUUAUAUUAGUAUUUAAAGUACAAAGUUGGCUACAGACAUUUCACUAUUCAUAUCAGUUUUAAACAUUCAAAUU